AUGGGGGAUAAUUCACCAGAGAAGAAACAUGGUUGUGGCUUGAUAACAGCAGUAUUCUGGCGACCCAGUAUGCGCUCACGCAAAUCAGCCUCUGAAAGUUCUGCUGAACCCAACAAUUUUGAAAAGCCAUCAAACUGUCAAGAUUCAAAACAACAACGUGGUGUCUACAAUGAUGACGCUUUAGUUGGAACAACUUCUUAUGAUGCUACCUUAAACUCUUCACGUCAUUGUGUCUCUAAUCCUCAAAAGCCAAUCCAUGCUGUAAACCAAAGGAAACACCACCAUCAACAACAUCCUAACGAAACAACGAUGGCAAGAGGCCCUUCAUCAAAGGUUUCACCUACUCAAGGCUAUGUUAACCAGGGAAGAAGGGUGCCCAAAGAAGCUAUUGGCAUUUCAGGAGAACUUGAAAGCAUGAUCAAUGAUCACCAAAAGUCCAAAGGAAACAGUACCCUUGUUCGAGCUUCUUCUAGCAAUGUGAUGUUGUUUGGUAAUUUAGGUAACCUUAGACAAGGAGGAACAGGACCAGAUUCUCACAAUGCAAUGGAUUACUACGUUGGGGGUAACAAAGGAUACACAAACCCUAUGAUGGGACAUGAAGGAGGUUAUAGUAGUAAAGAGGCUAAACCAAGCAAGGAACAAUCUGGUUCAUUAUGCAGGGCUGUGUCUACUAGAAUGGAUCCUGAGAAAUUGAAGAUAUUGGGUAAUGAAGAUUAUAAAAAUGGACGGUUUGCAGAGGCUUUGGCACUUUAUGAUGCAGCCAUUGCAAUUGACCCAAAUAAGGCUUCUUAUAGGAGUAACAGAAGUGCAGCAUUAACUGCUCUUGGAAGGCUUUUAGAAGCCGUUUUUGAAUGCAGAGAAGCCAUUAAGAUUGAUUCUCAUUACCAGAGAGCUCAUAAUCGUUUGGGAAAUUUGCAUUUUAGAUUAGGAGAAACGGAUAAUGCCCUAUAUCAUUAUAAACAAGCAGGACCAGAGGCUGAUCCUGAUGAGAUUGCUAAAGUGAAGAUUCUUCAAGUACAUCUAAACAAAUGCACAGAGGCACGUAGAUUGGGGGAUUGGAACACAUUAAUAAUUGAGACCAACAAUGCUAUAUCAUCUGGUGCAGAUUCUGCUCCACAAAUAUACGCAUUGCAAGCUGAAGCCCUCCUAAAGCUCCGUAGACAUCAAGAUGCAGAUAAAAUAAUGUCGAAGUGUUCUAAUUUUGAUGUUGAUGAGUGUACCAAGUUCUUUGGACCUAUUGGUAAUGCAAAUUUGUUGGUUACACGUGCUCAGGUUGAUAUAGCUGCUGGCAGAUUUGAAGUUGCUUUAGAGGCAGCACAAAAAGCAGUGAAGUUGGACUCUAAUAACAAGCAAGCUAGCAAAGUGAUGAUAAAGGUUCGAUCUAUAGCAAGUGCGCGAGCAAAGGGAAAUGAGCUUUUCAAGGCAUCAAAAUUCUCCGAGGCUUGUGUUGCUUAUGGAGAAGGCCUUGAUCAUGACCCAUAUAACUCAGUUUUAUUGUGCAAUAGAGCUGCUUGCAGAUCAAGAUUAGGCCAAUUUGAGAAAGCAGUGGAUGAUUGCACUGCUGCCCUUAAUUUACGACCAUCUUACAACAAGGCCAGGUUACGAAGAGCAGAUUGUAAUGUUAAGUUGGAAAGAUGGGAAGCUUCAAUACACGACUACGAAAUCUUGCUAAAAGAGAUGCCAGACGAAGAAGUAAAACGAGCAUUAAUGGAGGCCCAAGCACAACUUAAGAAACAAUGA